AUACACACUUUGCAACCAAAAGCAAUCAACAACUCAAGUCUCUCUCUCUCUCUCAAGAAAUCAUCAAUCUUGUUGGUGUUCUUCUUCUGUGAAGUUUGCACAAAAAUGAAGAUGAUGGGCAGCCCAAGCAUUGGAAGCUCCAAGAGGAGGCUAUCGAGCAGAGGGCUUGGUGGGGCUCUCAGAGAACAGAAGGCCAAGCUCUACAUCAUCAGGAGAUGUGUGGUCAUGCUCCUUUGUUGGCAUGACUGAAAGAAGUCUUAAUUUUUAGGGGGAAUCAGAGGAUUUUUUUUUUCUUCUUUUCCAAAUUUUUUGGUGGAGUGUACAUAGCGGCAUGGGCGGUGGAAGCGAUGGCGGCAAUGGCAGCAGCGACGACGAUAUUUUUGAAGGAAAACUUAGCAAGUUUUGUGUCACUUUUGGUCUAAUCAGCUACAUAUGUAAAUCGGAUAGCUUCAGCUUAAUCAAAAAGCUCUUAUAAUUCUAUCACAUUUUUUCCACUUCCAA